CAAAUCUGGCAACAUCGCUUGCAGGUGCUGAAAACUGCGGAAGCGGAAACCGUCGCGUCGUGUCGUCUCCUCGAAGGUUCCUGAAGAUCCACUCGGGGCGCUGGGAUCUGGUUUCUAACAUCCUGAGAAAAGCCAAUGCAGUCAGGGGGAAGAGAGACCAGCAGGAUGAAUGCUCACUGAGCCAGCAGCUGUACACAGGCAACUUAAAAACUAGACUUUGACAGCACAGCCAAGCUUUACAAAAAGAUCACGGUGGUUUGAUUCCCCACCUCCCCCUCAGACACCAUGACGUCCUCUAUGCUCCGGCGACAACUGAAAAACCUGGUCCAGAACUACUCUGAGGCUGAGGUCAAGGUGAGAGAGGCCACAUCUAAUGAUCCAUGGGGCCCAUCCAGCUCUCAGAUGGCUGACAUCUCCGACCUGACCUACAAUGUGGUGGCCUGCAACGAGAUUAUGACCAUGCUGUGGAAACGCCUGAAAGACGACAAGAACUGGAGACACAUCCACAAGUCCCUGACACUGCUGGAGUACCUGUUAAAGACCGGUGACGAUCGCGUGCUUCUGAAAAUGAAAGACAACAUCUACAUCGUCAAAGCCCUCACAGAGUACCGCUUUGUAGAAAAAGAUGGGAAAGAUCAGGGUGUGAAUGUGAGAGAGAAGGCUAAGGUCGUCCUUGUUCUAAUGGAGGAUGACGAGAAACUAAAGGAGGAAAGAGAUUUUGCCGUCAAGACCAGAGAGAAGACGUCGAAAGGUUCUGCUGCCUCAUCCUCGGAUGCCACCAAGGAUCCUAACUACAAGCCGUGCUAUGUUCCCGGAGCCACAGGGCUGCCAUCCUUAGACAACAUACCCUCAGUGGCUGACUUGACUGCCUCUUUCGCGGCCCGCAAAGAGGAACGGCUAAAACAGGAAGCUGAGAAGAAAGAAGCAGAGAGAAGGGCUAAGAUGAGUGAAGAUGAGCUGAAAUGGGAGGAUGCAGGCAAAAGGACUGAUGUUAAAGUUGAUGUUUGGGGAGGAGAAAAGGCAGAGGAGGAGGAGAAGCUAGGUCCAUGGGGAGCCCCCAAAGAACCUAAAGAGGCCACAGAUCCAUGGGGCACACCCACAAGACCUGAUACAACUGACACAGCAGCUAGCAGUGAUCCUUGGGGGGCUCCAGCCACAGCUGAUGAAGAUCCAUUUGCUGCAUCUAAAACGGAUGAAGAUCCAUUUGCGGCACCAAAGAAUGGAGAAGAUCCUUUUUCAGCACCAAAAGAUGGACCCGAUCCAUUUAGUGCAUCAAAAGAUGACCCUUUCAAUGCCCCAAAAGACAGUUCAGACCCCUUCAGUGCACCCAAAGACAAAGAGGAUCCAUUUGCUGCUCCAAAAGAUAAACCAGAUCCCUUUAGUUCGUCUAACAAUGAUCCAUUUAAUACACCCAAAAAUGAUCCAUUCAGUGCUCCAAAGGAUGAUCCUUUCAACACCCCAAAAGAUGACCCAUUUAAUACCCCAAAAGAUGAUCCUUUUAAUGCUCCAAAAGACGAUCCUUUUAAUGCUCCAAAAGACGAUCCUUUUAAUGCUCCAAAAGAUGACCCAUUCAGUUCCCCAAAAGAUGAUCCCUUCACUGCACCAGCAUCAACACCCCCUAAAGAAGACCCAUUUGCAGCACCAGCAUCAUCAAAGGAUGAUCCAUUCGCUCCUCCCACAACACCACCUAAAGAAGAUCCUUUCUCGGCCGCAACUAAACCUGCUCAAGGUGACCCUUUUGCUGCACCAACAACACCACCCAAAGAGGAUCCUUUCUCGGCACCAGAAGAUGAUCCCUUUGUUGCUCCAACAACACCUCCUAAAGAUGAUCCCUUCACUGCACCAACAACACCACCCAAAGAGGACCCUUUUUCUGCACCAUCCAAACCCACAAAAGAGGAUCCCUUUGCUGCACCAACAACACCACCUAAAGAGGAUCCAUUCGCAGGGCCAUCCAGUGCACCAAAAGAUGACACCUCUGAUCCCUUCAGUGCUCCUCCAGCGACAUCGCCCCAAGGCGGUGCAGAUGCGUGGGGAGCCCCUGCCAGCUCUCCACCUGCCGACGGGUCAGAUCCCUGGGGGACACCAUCAGCACCAACGGAAACGAAGGGUGGCGAUCCCUGGGGAAAUGGAGCAAGCGCCUCUUCACCCACUGAUAAUUCUGAUCCAUUUGGGGAUGCAUCUAAACCGGACAAUGACCCAUGGGGAGUCCCAGCUUCAGCUCCAGCCAGUACAGAUGACGCCUGGGGUGCACCUGCUGCACCCUCAGACUCCUCUCCACCUAGUGACCCUUUUGGAGACGGAGCAUCUAAAACCAAUGAUCCCUGGGGUGCGCCAAGUGAUGCAACUAGCAAUGCUACAGGAAAGCGAACAGCACACGAAGAGGAGAUAUAUAGAAAGACAGCUUCGUUCUUGGGCUCGGCGGGGGCGUCGCUUGUUGACUUGGACGAUCUAUUUUCUUCUAACCCCAAACCCAAACAGCACCCCCUCCCCAACACACUUGCCGCCCAGACACAAGCCGUUGGCGCUUUCAAAGCCAGGGGCCCUGUGGUCAGAUCAGGGGCUGUUGCAGGGGUAUCCCUUCCUGAAUCAUCAGCCCUACUUGGCAGUCCUUUUGGUUCCACCCUUACACCCUCCCAUGGUGCACCUCUGAAUUUUUGGAGCUGUUAAUCCUUCCAGUGAAACCCCUGUUUUUCAGCUACCACCCCACACUAUGGGAGUGUCUUAUUCUGGCUUCAGUAUGCUUCAGGCAGCUCAGGUGGCUCCAGAAACUGGAAUAGCGCAACCUGUGUCUGUGGGAGGGAGUUCACAAGUGGGACUUAACAUGAACCCCCCCUGUGGAGGAACGGGAAUGGUGCAGACUGGAUAUCCAGUGGGCAAUCCUUUGGCAGACCCCCUUUUCUUGGGAACAGGAAGGGGCCAGUCCACUUUCUUUGGAGGGAAUCUCCAAGCAAAAGUUGGUCACUUGGGAGGAUCCACUCCACAGGCUGAGGGUGGAGUCCCACUGCAGAACAACAAUCCAUUCCUGUUCUGAUAACUUGACGUGUUAAAUCUCUUUCAACCAUCCAAAUUGAAAAGGAUGUUUGGUUUGGAUCUUUGGACAGUUAGAGUAGCACACAGGGUAGUUUCACAUGUUUUAGCCUUCUUAAAGUGUAUAUUUCAUCAUCAUCAUCAUCACCAUUAUUUAUAAGCCAUAAGAUUACAGAGCACAUUGUGUGUACUGUACAGGUAGCCACUGGUUUCUGUAAUCUUCAUCAUGUUGUGAAACUUGUUUGAGAAAGAUUUUUCAUCACAAAAAAUACUUCAACACUCAUCAUGCAGAUUUUACAGGGACAACUGUGACAAAUGUUCAGCGCCUGAAUUUCAAGGCCCAGAUGUCAGAGUGUCCUUGAAUGCACCAAGGAGGGAGCAUCAGAAAUGACAGUGAUUCACUUGCAAGAAUCCGCUGCUUGGCAGUGGUAAAUGCACAAACACAACUUUAAGGGCAAAAACAUGCAAAACCACUUUUUGAUGCUUUAACAAAACCCCUCAGCUGACACUUCCCCUUCAGCCCCUGAAAUCUGAAUAAGUCCAAGUAAUAUAACAGCCAUGGAUUCAAUGUAUACAGAUUCAUAUAUAAACAGAACAAUAUGUGUGUGUAAAACUGUGUACUUCUUACUUGAAUCAAAUCUAUUGAAUCAGCCAGUUGAUUUUUUUUUCAUGCACAUGCCUGAGAAGCAGAGAGCACCUGAGUGUGUGUGUCUGUGUUUGAAUGUUGUAGUCUGUGACUGGACCUGUAAAACAUUAACAGAAUUGAUCUGGGAAAUACGUCACUGUAGGUUUUCACUCAGUGUGCAUGUGUUUGUACAAGGCAGAGUGUGUGUGUGUGUGUGACAUGUAUGCACGCAGUGUGUGUGUGUACAGUAUAUAUUGUGCUGAUGUAAAUAGUGGAAGUAAUCACAGAUAAACCUUGAAGUAUACUGUAUAUCAGAGUGUUAAAAUCAUGAGUAACUAUUUAUUGAUCUAUUUAUUGAUUGAUUUAUUGCUUGAAUAUUUAUGAUGCAGCAAUGGCCUCCAACAAAGACAAGUUCAGGUAAACUUUGAUCACAGUGUCAUUAUCAGAGGUUGACCUGAUGGUGUUGAUCACAUGUGAUGUCAGGCAUGAUUGGCUUUAUUCUGAUUGGCUGUGCAAGCACUGCACGAUAAAUCAACUCAGUAACCAAUGGUGGCUUUAUCUUCUUUGUUUAGGUUUGUUGUCGUUUUAGAUUCAUUGUGUAACUGAACAUGUCCUCUCUUCAUCCCCUGCCAUUAGACAAGAAGCAGAUGUGUAUAAUUGUAUGACGUUUAGCUGCAGCGUUGGCUAAAUAAAAACCGAAUUUGAACAUAUCAACCUGCAUGCUGUCUGAGCAGAUCCUCCUCUGUGAGCAUAUGUGUGUGUCAUCUGCUUGGUGUGUGAGUGAUUACUGGAAUAUUUCGACACACACCUGUACAAGAACGUAAAUAUGUAUAAUAAAAGGCUCCACUUUACCUGUUCAGCAUCUCUUUAUGUAGCUCUUACAGACAGCUGCUUCCUGGCAGCUGCAGGUUUUGAGACGUUUUGACUUUGAAAACAGUAGCAGGAUUAAUGGUAGUUUAAUGAGAUCAUGGUUCAGUGAAUCUAAGCCACCCUGAAAGCAGACAUGAACAGUGGCUUUUAAUAGGUCACAUGGUUCUGAAUUGUUCUUUGUGUUUCAUGGGCCUGUACAUGUCCUUCAUGUAUUUUUGACUCCUAGUAAUGUGAACUUUGGUGGGAAACUGGACAUUAGACAGGAGUUCCAGUCGAGGAUGAGAGUAGAAAAAACUAGUUCAUAACACCGUAUUAUUAUUUCUCAAAUUUAAUUUUGUAUGAAAUGAAUUUAUUUUGCUCUGUAUUUAAAUUUAAAGUUGUGUUGUAAACUGUGACAGUAUACAGUACAUUUGAGAAAUAAAAUGAUAUGAAAUAUAAAA